GGAGACCGCGCGCCACCCGUCCUCGCCGCGCUCCGCGGCGGCCGCUGGCUGCAGCCCCCGCUUGUCACUCGGCGGUCCAAAGAGGAGGCGCUCCGGCCCGGGUCCCUCGGCCACCUCCGGGAGGUAAAGCCCUUGGCCUCCGGGCCGCGCAACUUUUGCUUGAGACCCCUCGGGCACAGCACCGGGGCGGUUUAGCUUCCCUGCGCGACCUCCGGAAGACCCGAAGCGGCGCUGAGGCGGGCACCGCCCCUCCCCCACCCGUGACCUUGAGAGCCGCAGCAGCCCCACGAUUAUCCAAAAAGCUGCAGUGGCUCCGGGGAGAAACAAAAGCAAUCUUUCCGUGGGUUUGACUUGGGCGGUGCCAAGGAAACUCUUAACCUCUUCCAGAGCUUUCAUCUGGGGUAGAAAUGAAGUCAAGUUAUUGAGCACUUUGGAAAACAGUGAUUUUCAUCCGACCCCAGACUGGUUCACACCAACGCCUCUCCUCCUUCUUCCAGUUUUCGGCCUCUUCCCUACGGUCCUUAUUGGGUUUUGUUAUCAAGGUUAUGCUGACGUCAUAAAAGGACUUGGAAAUAAUUCCCACUUUUUUCAUUCUCUGGAAGAUUUUGUAAGAAAGGCCCUGUACGAACACAGAGAGGAGGUGGCUGUGUCCAAGCCAAGCACGCAGGUGUCACUAGAAACCAGCUCUGACAGCACCUUGAUCGUGGACUUCUAGCUUCCAGAAUUGUGAGAAAAUAAAUUUUUGUUGUUCUUCAAGACACUCACUUUGUGAUAUUUUGCUAUGACAGCCCCAGCAGACUGAUUAGGGCUGGAAGAAAAUAAUUUGCUGAGAUGUCAGCUCAGGCUUCUUCUAGAAAAACUCUGGAAAUGGAGUGCUUUCAUACAAGAUUCAGUGCCUGGACACCUUUCAGCAACAAGUCAUUAAAUAGAGAGCUCUUUCAGGAAAGAGUUGCUCUUAUAAGUCAUUGGUUUGACCUCUGGACUAACAAGCAACGUCAAGAAUUCUUAUUCACGAUUUUUUUACGAUGCACUAAAUCACAGUUAAGGAUUGUCCAAGAGUGGUUUUCAGAAAGGACACAAAUGGCCAAAGUGGAUUUCUCUACGGUGUUACCGCGCUUCAUUUCUCUAUAUAUCUUUUCCUUUCUGAAUCCAAAAGAUUUGUGUGCGGCUGCACAAGUCAGCUGGGCCUGGAAGUUUUUAACUGAACAGGACUGCUUAUGGAUGCCCAAAUGCAUUAGGUUUGGGUGGUUUCUGCCCUAUACUCCAACAGAUAAUGAGUAUGGUGCUUGGAAGCAUCAUUACAUUGCUUGUGUGUCCAACUUAGAUUGGCCAAUCCCUAGGGAAGCUACUGCUAUGUAUGGGACCUUGAAUGAACCCAAAAGAGAAGAUGAGGAGCUACAGGAGAGACAAAGAGAAAAGUGCCUACGAAAAAUAAUUUGGGAGAAAAUUGCGCUACGUAAAAAGGAGUUAUUUAAAGUUCGACCCCCUUGGGCGAGCGGAACGUGCUGCUCUAGAUUGUUAAAAUCCAAAUGCCAGCCACGUCUGUCCCAGACUGUGAGGGAUCGAGUGGGAUUACAUGAAGCUUUGGAGAAACAGCUUGUUUUGGCAUCCUUAGAAGCUUUGCCCAAGCGAAGCAAUGUUUCUGGAAGCCAUUCCUAUCCUUUGUUAUCAAAGAAAACUUGGCAUGGUGUUCAUAAAAAUGAUGACAGCGGUUCAUAUGCUUCCCAGCUCCACAUCAUAUUAAUAUCAUCUCGGAUUCCUGCAUAUGAGAUAGUAGUGGACAGCAUUAAGGCAGGUAUCAUUUCUCUGGUGUAUGAACACUGUGGCUUAACCUUGGAGAGCCUGCUUUAUCUCAUAGAAAAAGCUCUGGAUGGACGGAAGGCACAGAGUAUGGGGAUAUUUAGUGAAGGAAACAGCAGAGAAAUCAAUUUACUCCAAGGUUAUAAAAUUGGUAUUAAAAAUUUAUUGAGGCCUGAAGUGAGAGACUUCUGGGAGAAAUUAGGAAGCUACGUGGCUCCUGAACAAGAAGGGGGUCAUGUGGACCUCUUUGUACCACUCGGAGCAUCCGAGGCAGGAAUAGAAGUUCUUUCUCAGCUGUCUCAGCUAACUGGCACGUUCUUUACUGCCCCCACUGGGAUUGCAACUGGCUCUUACCAACACAUUCUCAGUGAUUGGCUGGGACGACCGUGGGAAAGGGAUCCCUUUGGCAUCUACUUCAGUGAGUCAAAGCUGCAGAUGUGGUCCAGCCUCACGGACUUUCUGGAAGACACCUUGAAAUCAGUAAGGAAACAGUUAAGUCCUCUAUUCAAGGAGUUGCAAAAGAACAUCAGUGCCAAGAUAAUAGGGCAAUUUAUGUUUGACCACAUGAGUGUGGCUAACAUUCUGAAUAACCAAGAAAUUGCACAAGCUCUGGCAGAUGGAUUGAUGGAACUUUCAAAAGAUAAUUCUGACAAACCUCUGGAAUUUUUGUCAAAUUUUCUGCUGAAGAAAAGUAGUAAAGAAAGCAAGGAUUUUGGAGAAGAUGUUAUUCUGACAAAAGGUGACCCAAAAGCAACAUUCGAUUUAUUCAUGAAGGAAAGAAAUGUUAGAGAAGACAACCCUCAGGACGCAAAAUCAAGUCUCAGCAAAAACGAUCUAAAUUUUGAGACGCUGGUUAAGCUGGAGAGAAAGCUCCAGAUGGACUCAGCUGGAAAGCGAACGGGGGUUGUCAGGGAACUCUUACGGAGUGAGAGAAAAUAUGUACAGAUGCUGGAAACGGUGAGAGAGGUCUACGCAGCACCACUGCAAGCAGCCCUGUCAUCAAAUAGAGCGAUUCUGAGUGCUGCAAAUAUCCGGAUCAUUUUCUCCGACGUUUUGCGGAUUCUAAGUCUCAACAGGCAGUUUCUAGACCACCUGAGAGACAGACUGCAGGAAUGGGGCCCGGCCCACGGCGUGGGGGAAAUAUUCCUAAAGUUUGGAAGCCAGUUGAACAUAUAUACCAAUUUCUUCAACAAUUACCCGGUUGUUCUGAAAACUAUGGAGAAGUGCAGAGAAACGAUACCAGCAUUCCGAGCUUUCCUGAAGAGGCAUGAUAAGACCAUUGCUACCAAAAUGCUGAGCCUCCCGGAGCUGCUCUUAUACCCAUCCAGGAGAUUUGAAGAAUAUAUUAAUCUUCUGUACGCUCUGAGGCUUCAUACUCCUGCAGAACAUGUUGACCGUGGGGACUUGACCGCUGCGAUUGACCAAGUCAAAAACUAUAAACGUUAUAUAGAUCAGAUGAAACAAAACAUCGGUACGAGAGAUCAGCUGUCAGACAUACAGAGAAUCGUCAGGGGAUGCCCGACUCUAUCAGAGGAAAACAGAUAUCUGAUUAGGGUCCAAGAUGUAGCCCAGCUUCACUGCUGUGAUGAGGCAGUAAGUUUCUCUUUAAGGACCUAUGAACACACCCGUGAUCUCAGUCUUUUUCUCUUCAAUGAUGCACUACUCGUUUCGAGUCGGGGCACAUCUCAUACUCCGUUUGAAAGGACUUCAAAAUCAACCUACCAGUUCAUUGCGUCGGUGGCUCUUCAUAGGUUACUUGUAGAGGAUAUUCCAGAUUCCAAAUAUAUCAGGAAUGCAUUUAUUGUUCAAGGUCCAAAACGUGAAUGGAUUUGUGCUACAGAGGCUGGGGAUGACAAAUUCCUAUGGUUGUCAGCACUCCAACAUGCCAUCAAAAGCAGUUUGGACAAGUGAGAAAACAUUCUGGGUGCUAAUUCUCCCUGGCAAACACAAUGUAUUUUCUAUUCCAGAAGAUCCACCAGGAAGCAGAAUGACGAUUUGUCACGGAUGAUAGGAGAACGAACUAGGAUGAUCCCUAGGGACUUUAGUCCCUCCUAACUUUUAAGCUUUAUUGUCCAUGUUCAACUAUGUGAAAUGUACAGUAACAAUUUGAGUCCAAAAUUUUGAAGCACUUCUUUUGGUAGUUAUUUUCAUAGACAAUAUUAUUUUGAUUAAUUUGAAAGUUUUAUUUUGUGAUCUAAUGAAAAACAAAAUUGGAAUAAAAAGCGUUUUUUAAAUGAUCAGUUUAGAGAAAUAUUUUGUUGGUGACUUAUCAUAUCUUUAUAAAUUUUCAUGAUAUAAUUGAUUUAGAAGUGUGUAUAAGUAAUAUAAAUAACUUAAAAACUUGUCGUCUAUAUCCUUAAUAUGAAUGUAGUCCUCCAGAGAGCAUUAAAAACAAACCACUACCAAGCACUAAAAAGUUUUCUGUGACUCUUAAGUGUUUUUUGGUUGCAAACUUCAAAAUUUUCUUUCUUUCUUUCUUUCUUUGGCUUCAAAAUUAAAAUUUUAGACCUACCAAGUAAGUUUUAAAAAGUUAAAUUAGACAUUGUUAAAUUAGAAGGCUGGUGGGGGAAAAAAAAAAACAUUUAAGAAACAAAAAUAAAGGAAGUAAGACAAUUCUGUUUUAAGA